AGCAAUUCUGCAUCAUUUUAUGGAUAUGUGUAACCGUCAGCUGAUUUGCUCGUUGGGGAAGCCACUUUAGUUUGCGCCUGUCACCGGUACUCCAAAUUACUCGACGCGUUCCGCACACCACUACACGCUUGAGCCAGUUCGGAAGAAUCCACUUGAAACUGUGUUCCGUUUGCGAACAACCGACAUUCGACGAAUAAGCUGCUAAAGUGAAGGUGGCUACAGAAGCGCUGCAACUAUUUUGUAUCUGUAAACAUUAGAACCUACAUCUUCGAGCCGAUUAAACAUUGUAAGAAGUAACGAAAUAAAUCGCUAACGGAUGCAAACAUGAUGGCUUUCCUGAAGUGCGACCUGUGCGACAAGUUUUGCUUUGCCGUGGGUGAUAACGAGCAAAACCGCCGGCACAAGGCCCGCUGCAUUAGCGCGCAGGUGCAGGAGAUAGACAAGGUGUUUUCGCGCAAGAAAACGUGCGACAUCUGCUUGGAGGUGGUGCUGGAGAAGAAUCCACCCGCUGAGCGCCGGUUUGGCAUACUGCCCAAAUGUAAGCACACGUUCUGCGUAAGCUGUAUCAAAACCUGGCGCAGUACGACCGAGUACCCCGACACUGUUCGGAAGGGAUGCCCGAUCUGUCGCGUACAUUCGAGCUUUUUCUUUCCCUGCAAAGUUUGGACAGAGGACGAGCGGGAGAAGAAGCGCCUGUACGCAAUUCACAGAUCGAUUCUCAAAAAGAUCGACUGUAAGCGCUACAACCAAGGUGUUUGUCCGUUUGGCGAGCGAUGUCAUUUCCGGCAUGCGCGAGCUGCUGAAGUAACGAUUUGCAUUUAAAGACAGCCGUAGAAAACGUAAGCCAUGAUAGUUCAGUUGCAGGUAACUUCUCUGGCCUUGGAAAAGGAUGUUAGGGUUUUAGCACAUUAGACAUUCUAGAGUGAAUUAAAAUACGAUUUCGUUUGCUUUUCGGUAGGUUAGGUAACAAAUUCUACGAAAGGUUGGAAUUUUAAUUUUACACAUACUGUUUGAGGUUAGAAAGCGGAACAAUUACACAAUUGAUGUUUAUUUAAUCAGCUAACUGAACUGGUUUAAUAGCUACGUAGUAGCUGAACAGUUUCGAGCGGUUACGUUCGGGUCAACACCAUUCACACGUGAUGGUAGCCUCGUAUUUCAUGAACUCUUUCUAACAAGAAAACAUUAAACAUACAGGAUUAAGUUUAGUACUGUUGAGAUUUUGCGUUCUGUUCAAUCAUCCAAGUGAUUUAGCCUGGUAGCCUGCAGUGGACGACCAUCUUUAAGUUCCUCUGCCCCACAAAAAACGACGAUCUUUCCAUGAACUCUGUGUAAGCGAUGUAAAACAACUCAUUUACUAGCCCAAACUAACACCUGUAAUCAGAAAUACAUUUAAAGUUGCGGUUUGAUGCCCAAAAAUUGCGAUUUUGUACUUUUACGGAUAUAAUAUGCCACGCAUCUCAAAAAUACUCUGUAAAGAAAUGAAGGACAAGGAGCAGAAUAUCCACCACAAGACCACGUGCAUUAAUGUGCAAGAAUGGAACAGGCAAUAGGUGUGGCGUUUGCGCACCGGAUGCGUAAGAAAAUGUGCAACGUACGUUGCAUGGAGGUGGCGAAAGACAAAUAGAUCCCAUCAGCGCUUUGCGCUGUUGGUGGAUUGGCGGGGAAAUUGAUUCAGUUUUACCAUAGCGAUAGGACAUUGUAGCGCAAAUCUGGAUUGGCACACACGGAAUCGGGCUGCGAACGAUCGUCACCGCUAAGAUCACUUUGAAGGAUAGAAUCUAACAAUAUAUGUGCCUUCAAUAUGCAGAGUAGGUUUAACAUAUUGCUCAAGUGAGUGUUGAGAGUAUUGCAGUUAACUGAGGUUUGAGACAAUUUACCUGUAAUUAUAAUUAUAACCUGUAAUUUGUUCAUUCUUAAGCUGUUGUGGAUUUUCUUUUAUUUCAUUUAGUGGGUUCAAUGGUCACAGAAAAAUAUCAAAAGGAUAGUUGAUCAGCGUUA